AUGGCUUCUAACGGGACGGAAGCCACGAGCGAGUCUCCAGCUGAGACUACGUGGACGCAAGAGCCGCAAGCUGCUGGCUGGUGGACAGGCUGGCAAGAUUCGGCGAAUGAUUGGUGGGCUUGGCAACGCCCGCAGUGGAACUCCUAUGCAGGAGGCAGUUGGGCGGCUUAUGGCGGCAAUGGCUGGAGCGGCCAAUGGGGACCAUCGUGGUCCGGCGAUCAGGGGCGAGCAAAGCAACAGUCUGCAUCUACGAUGGCGAUGGAGGAAGAUCCCUGGCUGGGCGAAGGCACAGGCUCGCUUGACGAUGGGUCGUCGAGCAAAGCAACUUCGUCAAAAGCUAGUGGCAAAGACUUCAUUCCGGAGUACGACGGCACAGGACCGAUGAGGGAGUACCAGCGGCGAUCACUCAAACAUCCGGACGGUGUGACUCGCUUGCUGGAUCACUUGUGGAAAGAGCUGGAGCCGCUUGAGUUCUUGAGAACGUUUCAGACUCUGGCAGACUUCUACAAGGGCUUUCGCCGCACUCGGGGACAAGAGUUUGUCGCUUAUGACAUGGAGUUUCGGCGGCAUGGACAGAGGCUUGAGGAAAUCCAGGCUGGACUCAGUGGGGUCACGAAGGCUUACUGGUUUCUGGAGAAGGCCGGGCUUUCCCCAGAGCUUAGGAAGCAGGUGGUGGCAGCUGCGGGAGGACAGUAUGAUUACAACAAGCUACGGGCCGCUGUCAUGGCCAUUGUCCCACAGGUGAACAAGGAGGAGGAGAGCUCAGCGGGUGGCAGUGCCAAUCCAGGCAGACAGUGGAGAAAAGCCCCCGCGAAGGUUCACGCCACCGUCGAAGAUGAGAACAUCGGGACAGGGGAAACCGAGGAAGAUAAUGAUGAUAUGAUCCCCGAGGCAUUGGAGGAGGAACUUCAGUGUUUGCUUACGCAGGCAGCUAAGAAAAGAGCUCAGGUGGAAAAAGCGAGGGGUUUCUCGAGCACGGCAAGCAGAAAGAAUGAGACGCCAGAGGCCAGAGCCAAGAGGAUUGCCGAGCUGAAACAGCGCAUGCCUUGCAGCGCGUGCAAAUCGCACGGCCGUACAAGCUACGGCCACUGGCACAGCGAUCCGGAGUGCCCCUUCCGAUCGCAGAAGCCUCCGAAGACUGGUGAAAGCGUCUUAGCCGUGGUCGAAGAGGAGCUCUCGGAUUCCGAUGGAUAUGGACCUCUGGAGGCCAGCAUUUUCAUGACUGAUGCUAGGGAUGUGAGUCUGAGCGAGCCAUUCUGGUGCGCAAGCGCGAUCACGGCGCCAGAAGCGGGCAAAGGUGAGCGCUUCCUGGCAUUGUCUGACACAUGCUGCGCCAGGUCAGUUGCCGGUUUGGUGUGGGCCCAGGAUCACAUUAAGCAUCUACAUCAGAGUGGGAUUGAUGCUUACAUUGUGAAUGAGGCCAGGCCUUUCCGUUUUGGAGCUGGACCACGGAUUUCGUCGGAGUUUAGCAUGGUGAUUCCGUUGAGAGUUCAGGGGGCCGAGUGCACACCAUGGGUGCGAAUCAGUGUCGUGGAUCAAGAGGUCCCACUCCUCUUGAGUAAGAGCGCGCUCAAAGCCUUGGGAGCUCGAUUGGAUUUGGGACAGGCCCAGGUGGAGUUCACCGUCCUUGGAACCACUACCCCUCUGAUAGAGACACCGACUGGUUUGUGCGGGUUCCUUAUCAACCACCCUGAAUACCUCAACUCCGGACCAGGUUUGGAGAGUUUGCCUCCUCGAGAGAUGCUGGAAGGUGAAUUGGAGGUUUGUGUCGACCCACGAUCAAAUGACCAGGGCGAGGUAGGACACCAUGAAUCUGUGCAUGUUGCCAAAGAGGGUGGAGGCAUGUCGGACGGAGAAUACAUGGCUUGUGAACGCUUGGCCAAGGAGCUUCUCAGGGUCGAGGAUUUUUCAUACGAUGCUUUGCAGAGUGUGGUUGAACUUCUACCAUGUAUCAAUCCCAAACAUCAAAGAGCUAUCAACGUGCCUAACGGACGCAUGGCAGGCAUCAUGGCAGGUGCAUGGGCUCACGGGAAGUUCAGUGGAGUGGCAAAAUCUGCUGAGAGAUUUCCUGUGACCAUUCGUUACAUCAAUGAAGCCAUGAAGAGCAGGGUCCAGGCUCCUUGGACCUCCUUCGUCGUGAUGAAGAACAUCAAGACCGCCAUCCACAAGGAUAACCACAACAGGACUGACAGUGCCACAGUCACCGUAUCCUUUGGAGAUUUCAAGGGUGGAGAGUUGUGGGUGGCAGCAGAGGGUUCUGAAUCAGGCGAUAAGCCGACGUAUCGAAAAGGGUUCCGCAUGGCACUCAGCCGUGGACCGGAAACAGGUGGUGUUUGUCGUGCUACACUUCCCGUGCUGAGAGAGAUCUUGAUGACCAGGACCUCUGGGAACACAGUGCGUGUAUGUCAGACUUCACCCGAUGACCAGGUGACCGAGAUCAUCCCCAUGGCGGCAAAGUUCACAGCACCGCGUCGCAAGGAAGAGUACGUGAAUGCUAUCAAUGCGCGGACCAACCUCAGCACAGCAGAGCUGCGGCAGCACGACAUGGAGAGGCUGAAGAAGAUUUGGAUGCUGGUUCGACCGAAGAAGCCCCAGUCGCCAUUGCCGACGGGAUGGAAAAAGAUGGACGUCGAGUCGCUCAAGCAGAUCUACGACGAGCAUGUUCGCCCAGAUCUGGAACGACCCCGGGAUCGACACUGGAUUCGUUGGAAUCGGCCUCAGUUGGUCAUGGAGAUUUCUAUCUGGGAGACGGAGGUGAUGGAGGGGGCCGAGCCCGAAGAGCUCUUCCACGACACUCCUCUGUGUUCUCGCUGCAAGAUACCUAUGUGUGUCCGGACCAACAGGGUCACGAAGACAGACUUCCUGGGAUGUGUUCGGUUCCCAAUGUGCAAGGAAACGCUUCCGCUUCAGUACAAUGGAAUGCCGACCAAGACAGUCAUCGAGCAGCUCGACGAGAAGGACAACAAGAAGGACAAGAAGGGCUAUCCGGAGCCCAAGAGAGGGAUAAUCAGCCAUCGUCGUCCCCCUCCUUCGUUGAGCGAGCAUCGAGGCGGGUCCUCCGAUGGGUCCUGGGCGAUGACAGGGGCUCAGCCGGUGGACGAGACGGAGGCGGAAGAGUCCGCUCCCUUGAUCAAUACCAACCUGACGCCCGAGGAGCUCGAGGUGAUCGCGGAACUUCGGAAGGCCAGAGCGAGUGAGUCAGCCAUUUCUGGUGAAAACGGGAGUCAAGCCGAUGAGAUUUGUAAUGACUCAGAUGGAGAUGAGUUGAUCGAAGACGCUCCAAUGGGCGAUACCGAUGCUCCGAUGAGAACUGGUCUGGCGCACGACGGGAUCAGCUUCGACAUUCCGGCUGGGAGGAGACUGAGUCCUGAGAUUCGGAACGGUUUAAAGAGAGAGCCCAGUCGGUGGGUUGGUCCGGGUUAUAUUGUGGGCAUUCAGGGUCACAACGCCUGGGUCGCCAUAGGUGGUAGGUGUUUUCUGGUGGCGGGAGAGCAUCUGCGUGAGGCCUGUGGAGACGAGAGACAUUACGGGGAUCCCCAGAUCCAGAAGAGCAUUGCCAUGUUUCGUAAAGCCCCUAAAGAAUCUACUUUUGAGGAUCUUACGCGCCAGCAGGACCCCACUGAAGAGCCUAUGGAGGUGGAGCAGCAACCGUUAGUCCAGGAAGUGGCUAGGGAGGUUGGUGAUGUUGAGGAGGGCAUUACCCAACUUCCUCGGGAUCUUGUUCCUUUGGUGGGUAAGCUUGGAUGGCAUGUGGAUGGACAAGGCAACCCGACUUUGGUGAGCUAUCAGUCUUGGGCCUAUCGGACCCCCGAGGAGAGAUAUGAGCCUCAUCGUUUUCCGUAUCGUACUACGUGGGCUAGACAUGAUGGCGAGUGGAUUUGUCUUGAGAAGGAAGUGAAGUGGAUGGAGUUGGAUAACCCCCACGAGUAUCUUCCCAAUGCCCCACUUGAGAUUCUCAUCACUAGUUUCCAAGGAAGGACGAGGAAAGAGGUUUGUUUGGAGGAUGUCCCCGCGGCCAUAAAGAGGAGGAAGGCUGAUGCCCAGGUCCACACCGUUCAACAUGGGAAGGUUUUGGGGAAGAAUAAACUGAAGAAGAUGAUGGAGAAAGAAAUCCCCUAUGAGAAGAUACCCGAGAGUCAGAGAGGUUUGUACAAGGAGGCGGAAGAGAAGGAGUGGGCUAGUUGGCGACAGUAUGAGAGCUGUGAGGUCUUGAGUGAGGAAGAGAGUAGAAGAGUGGAGAGAGAGAGUCCGAAGCGUAUAUUGCCAAGUAGAUUUGUCUAUCGUAACAAACAUGCGGGCCUCGUCGAUGACAAGGGUAACGCCUUGCCGGUUCGGGCUAAGGCUAGGCUUUGCCUGCAGGGCCACCUCUGCCCUGAUUCGAGAACAGGCCUUGUCCAAGUGGACAGCCCUACAGUUGAGAGAGUCUCCACUAUGAUAUUCCUUCAUAUGGCUAUCUCGUAUGGGUGGCUCCAACAUUGGCAUGUCGGUGACAUUUCGAACGCGUUCCUCCAAGGUGCCCCUCUCAAAGAUAAGGAACCCAUGUUCAUGCGUCCACCCAAACAGGGACUGGCAGGCGUGAAAUCGAAUCAGUUGCUUCGCCUGCUCAAACCCGUCUACGGACGGCCAGACGCGCCUAGGGCGUGGUACGAAGAGCUCGCUAAGGUCUUGACCCAGGAACUUGGUUUUACCAAAUCACAUAUUGACCCUGCACUUUUCAUGUUGAGAGAUUCCGAAGGAAAACUCAUUGGGUGCAUGAUCAUUCAUGUUGAUGAUCUUAUGGUUUGCCAUGACGGGUCGGAUCAUGCGAAGGAAGUGGUCAGUAGGCUGUGCAAGCGCUUCCCGUUCGGCACCUGGGAUAGGGUCCUUGAUAAGCCUGAGGGUGUUACUUACUGCGGUAAAGAAAUCAAGGUUGUCGAACAGAAGGGCGAGCAACAAAUCGUUCUGUCUCAGGAUGGUUUCAUAGAUGGCCGGCUUGAAGAAAUGGAAGUUAGUAGGGAUAGGCGCUUGAAUCCUGAAAGCUACGCUACUGAUGAAGAGAAGGCCAACUAUAGAUCCAUUGUUGGAAGCUUGCAGUGGUUGGCUACCCAGUCAAGGCCCGACAGUUCCUUCGAAACAAAUCAGCUGCAGAAACGUAUCUCUGCCAAUCGCAUGCAGCUUGUCUUCAAGAACUUGGGUAGGGACGCUCAGCUGAUCGUGUACACGGAUGCCGGUCUGUAUUCGAGCGUCGGUGUCGAGAUUGACGAGAGAGAGUGUGAUGACAUUUUGUUGUCGCAGAAAGAUCGCCGGUUGGUGUACUCUCAGAAAGGAGCGUUCGUUGGAUUCGUGAAACAGGGCUCGACUGAUGUGAAAGGGGUUCCUAAUCACAUCAACAUCAUAGACUGGCGCAGUAGUACGAACAAGAGAGUGAUCGAGUCCAGUUUUGCGGGAGAGACGCAUGCUGCUCUGAUGGCGCUCGGCAUGGGACAUUUUUGUCAGGUGUUAAUGUGUGAACUUCGUUAUGGGUCUCAGAUUGUGAGUAGUGUCGAUGAUGAUGGUUGGUGCGAUUUAAUGCCUAUGACUGUUGUUACCGAUUGUAAAUCUAUUUAUGACACGGUCCAUAAGGAUGGGCAGCACAUAUCUGACAAGUCGAGUGUGAUCCAUGCAGUGCUUCUCCGUCAGAUGCUUUCCACGCGGGGCGCAUCAGGUAAAGCCAGACUCCUUUGGGUUCCCACUAGGCAUCAGCUGGCUGAUGGUUUGACGAAGGGUGCUAGAUCAAAGGAUGUCAGGGAACAAAUCCGGUGCGGCGUGGUUUUUAAAGAAGAAGCUGCCAAGCGGAAGUGCUCAGAUCCAAAAGAGAUUUUGGUCAGUGUCGAUUUGGCUUAG